GCUGUCGGCAGUAGCACAGACACAGUCGCUAGCAAGCCGUUCUUGCGUGCAGAGCUCCGUCACUCGCACACUCGCAGCCAGCAGACGCACAUGCUCGUGGCGAGAGCUGCCUCUCCGAGCGGGUGAACCAAAUCAGCGGGCAAUCAGGACCAACUACGUGCCACUGCAUCGUUCCGCAGGUGAAAAGAGCCUACUUCUGCUUGGCGCUCGCCGUCAGGUUGCUUCCACCACUGGACCUUCAAGUACACCAAGAGACGUCCGACCCGAAUUCGCAAUGGAGCCCAAGGAGCCGGAGGGUUUCGAGCCGCAGGCCAGGGCGCGAUCCAAUACCUGGCCGUUGCAUCAGCACUUUGAUUCCUUAAACCAGCAGCAACAAUUGAUGCAGCCGUGCUUCGCGCCUCCGCCCGACCUGAGCGGCAGCGGCGGUGGUCGUGCGGGCGCCUCUGCGGCCGUUGCAAUGCCCGCCAAGAAGAACUCGAGCCGCCGAAACGCAUGGGGUAACCAGAGCUACGCUGACAUGAUAACACAAGCCAUCCAAUCGGUGCCCGACCAGAGACUUACCCUGUCGCAGAUCUACGAGUGGAUGGUGCAGAACAUCGAGUACUUUGGCGACAAAGGCGAGCACAACUCCUCGGCCGGCUGGAAGAACUCAAUCAGACAUAAUCUGUCACUGCACAACAAGUUCAUGCGCUUGCAAAACGAAGGCACGGGCAAGUCGUCCUGGUGGGUGAUCAACCCUGACGCAAAGCCUGGUAAGAAUGCGCGCCGGAGGGCCACUUCCAUGGAGACCUCCAAGUUCGAGAAGCGCCGCGGCCGCGUCAAGAAGAAGGUGGAGCAGCUGCGCAACGGCCUUGACACCACCCCCAGCCCGAGUUCGAGCGUCUCCGAAGGGGUUGACCAAUUUCCCGAAUCGCCGAUCACACUCCCUUUCGCCCUGAGCCCUGCUGAGCUGAGGCCGCGCGCCUCGUCCAACGCGUCCUCCUGCGGUCGCCUCUCGCCCAUCCGCUCGCACGAGUCCGACUCUCAGGUUUCGUGGAGCCCCCAGAACAAUGGUGAAGUCGUGCCAUACGACGGCAGAUACGGCCCUGAACAGUUGGCGGGCAACCUGGCUGAAGGGAUGAAACUGUCGAGCGACAUUUACUUGGGCCCACCGCAGCAGCCGCUCGCACAGCAAUCGCUCAUCCAGCAACCACUCAUGCCGCAACCGCACAUUCAGCAACCAACAUAUCAACCACCGCCGCCCUACGACUACAACAGACACUACCCUGGGUGCCUCAUAAACAGUCACCAACUCUGUACCUGCAGCAAUUUUAGCAUAAAAAAAGAGUUGGGUACAUAUUGUCUACAGCCAACGAUGACAGCCACAUACGUGCCGCCCCAGGCUGAGGUGCCGCACGUGGAGGCAGCUGUUCAGCAGCAGCAGCAGCAGCAGCAGCACCUACUGCCCAACGACUUUAUCAACAUGGACACUGGCGACAACGAUUGCCAGAUGAGUAACAUGAUGAGCCAGCUGAUGGGCGCGCUCAACUCAAGUGACCAGACCAUGCUGGACGGGCUCAAGAUCGACACGACCGGGUUCCAGGUAAGCGUCGAGGACGUGCUCGACCACGAGAUCAAAAUGGAGGGCAGCGUCGAGUUCAGCUUCCCCAUGCACCACCACCACCACCACCAUGUUCACCAGCAGCUCGACGUGCAGGCCCAACCCAAUCAGCCCCCUGUCAGCAGCGGACACUCCUGGGUGCACUGAACAGAAUACUUUCUUCGACGCCCCUUUUUCAUUUCUUCACAAAAAGACAACCUGUGCAUCUGAGGAAGGCCGAUACUCCACGCUAUAGCUUGCAAAUACGAAGAAUGAUUUCACCGAAUUUGCCGCGAAAGACAAGCAAUUUGCCUCUGUGAAGCGAGGACAAUUUUCAUUCUCACUCGUUUGGUGCGCCGAUCGAAAGUGCGAACACGCCGUUCCCAAAAACAGCAGCAGCGGAUUUUAUAAUUAUAUAAAAUAGAAUUGAGAUAACAGUGCAAUGCCGGCUCAUUCGCCGCUGCGGUUGAUAUAUAAAUACACUAUAUUUUAGGUUCGGAACAGCACAUAGUUGUUGUUUAGUGUCGCCUUUUCAUAAUUACUUGUUAACGUCAUUGUUGGUGCCUCUGUGACACGUCUCGGGCCCAAGCUGCACUGAUUUCGGAUGUUUUCCGACCGACUAAACGAAACGAUUCGGCGGUGUCUGUCCGAAAAGUGAAAGUUCCACUCCGACCGCCGACAGCAUCAUUGGCGGUUGACGUUCACAUACUCUUUUAUCGUUCGCAAGUGCUUGCUCACGAGGAUGAAUGUGUCGGUCGGGGAUCGGGGAUGACCCACCCGGGCGUGUCGCAGGCUUGCUCUAAGAGAGUGUAUUUUAGUGUUUAAACUGUUAAGAUCGCCAAUUAAUCGUUCGGUACAGUGUGAAUAUUAAAGUUCAAGAUGUUGACAGAAUGUUUUUUAUGGAGAUAUUUAAUACACACAACACACACAUGUAAUUAUACUACCUCAUAUUCGAAACAGAAACACAAUUAUGAUAUAUUAUAAUAUGCGCAUCGGUAUAAAUUCUCGCGUCGUGCAGAAUACGCAUAUAGGUGGUCAGUGUUUACACCAGAAACCAGUUCAAUCCGUACUGUAAGCAUGCAGUAGGAGCCAUCGGCGUAAUUUUAGUUGUAUAGUUAUAAUUUCUUUUACAUAUAUAUGUGGAUUGAUUGAAUAUUGAAGCACACAUGCGCGUACGACUGUUUUUAUUUCCUUGGGUUAUUGCAAUCGUGUGCGGCGUAGAAGUUAAGAUAGGCAAUGCAUUAAGAAAUGGAAAAACUAUUAGGCGAGAAUUAAUUGCAACCUAUACUAUACAGAUUCGCAUACACUUUGAAAAUUUUUAAACAUUGAAAAAUGUAAAAUUGGUUAUUGGGACAUUUUUAAAAUUUAUGUAUCAAACUUUUUUAACUAUUACACAAAGGAAAAUAAAAAAGCGCCAAAAAAAUCCGUAGGUUUAGAUUUACUCAAUUAUUUUAGGUCAUGAUGAUGCAAAUUCAUUUUAAUGUGCAAUGAAAGCUCGAUUUAGCUGAUUCAACACAACCAAACAAAAUCAUCGUGUACAAAUUUUGUGUCGCAGUUACUAAUUUUAUCAGUGACUCCAGCUACAACCACAGUUGUGUCUAAUCAUAUGAAUGUGCCAUAAAAUAUAUACACUGAGGAGAGCAAAGCGCACGUGUAUCGAGAGUGAGUUUUAUUUUAUUGUAAAUUUACACACAUAUUAUGCUUUGAUCAUAAGCAAUUGAGAGAAUACAAUGCGGAUUAUUCGUUCCUGUCAAUUUUAAGAGCACGAAUGAAUGCGAGUGUCAUCGUUAUUUAUACGUGUCUGCAAAGCAAGGUUAUGUACAUAUACAUAUAUUUUAGGUGAGACUAUGCGAUGAACGAUUCCUUAUAAAAGCAGCAAAGUGCAUGAAUGAGAAGAUCUGUAUUUCGUGUCAAUGCUGAAAUAUUCACUGCUGGGAAAUUAGUGGCGCAGUUGUAAAACGGCCCAAAUUUUUCGUUAAAUUUCAAAUGUUCUCGUGAUUUGCCAAAGAAUGUAUAGGAAACAUGUUACGCUAUGCAAAAUCAUUUGUGUCUACAACAGUUUCAAGGCAAAAAGAAAUGCAUAUGAGGCGGGAAUUUGUUGUAACACUAAUUUAGCCCUAAGACGUGACAGAGUGAACACGAGAAAAUGUGCCCAGAUGUAAAUGAAAGGAUUCAUCAGAAUUACUUAUUGUAAACAAAGAAUAAAAGCGUUGGAUAUGAUUAAGAAAUAAAAAAUAAAAAUAA